GUUACGCAGCCGGGAUCAGGCACGGAGAUAAAAGCUCCGAUUGUGAUUGAAAGUGAGAGCGAGAGGGAUUUCAGCCUCGGCAUUAACUUGCGAGGGGAGCCGGGGAUUGCACAAAGCUCCCCCGGCCAUCUGCCCUUGGGGGCCGGCGGCGCAGCGGCAGCCCGCCGGGCUGGGGGGGUGUCCGUGGGGUGUAAAGGGGGGGUCCCCCCAGCCCCGAAGUUCCCAGCUCCACCGGGAGCCCCGCGCCGCAGAGCUCCCUCCGGUGCAGCCAGCUAAUGAACUCUCCCUUUGCCCUGACCAUGAGAGAGAGGAGAGACCUCACGUAGCAGCAUGGCUUGCAGCUGAAGGCUUUGGGGAACUCGAUGCUCGGUUGCCAAAAGGCAGAGUCAGACAAAAAUCCCUGCCUGCGAGUGCCUCCCCACCACUGCAAGAGGCAGAGGGAGAAGCAACAGGGUCAGCACUGCUCCUGUCAACCCACUGGCUGCCCAGACCCCUCGGACCUUAUCACCCAAUGUAUUCAUGUUGAUGCAGCCACCCUUUGGGAGAAAGGGAUUUUAGCUCCAAAGAGUCUCUCUUGUCAGACUUGUACUGAUGACCAGAUGCUCUAUUUAUGUAUUAAUGUUCAAACCCACCUGAUAAUACUUUAAGGCAGACCACAGUUUAAGGCACUUUCUACAGCGACGCAUUUGUGGCAGACAAGAAGGUUGAGGAAAACCUGAUCCAGCACCAUCUCACGGCCUCUCCAAUUUAAUCCUAUCAAAUUUCAUCAGCAACUCAGAACUUGAUCUUUCUAUUGAUUGACUGGAGUCACCUCUAGAUAUUUUCAUGCUGAUUUGGAAGCCCUUUCAUACAAUAAAAGGAGGAAAAAAUGAGGCUAAGGAAGACUUUUGACCACUGAUCAGCAACUCCAGCCAAAACUUUCCCAAUCAAGUGAAUUGUAAAGUUGGCUUCAGUGCCAAGAGAAAACUUUCCACAUCCAAAUACAUCGUGCUGAGUGGGAUCGUUCCUGUUAUCAUCUGGAUCUCCUUCGACUGGAUCAUAUUUAGAUGAGCGGUUUCCAUGCUGAUCCCGAGAGCAACCCCUAGCUCAGUCGCUGCCUUCCUCGGGGCUCUCGGCACUGCCCUCAACCAGGGAUCCCACACUUGGCCACAGCUGCCAUGCUCUACCUGGUUGCUCUCCUCUCGCACUGUCUCCCCUUGGCCAUGGGACAGUAUGAUAUUUGCAAGUCCUGGGUGACCACGGACGAUGGACCAUCAUGGGAGUUUUAUGCUUGUCAACCCAAGGCCAUGCGGAUGAAGGAUUAUGUGACAGUACGGGUGGAUCCAGCAGGAAUCACUUGUGGGGACCCACCGGAGAGGUUCUGCACCCACGAGAACCCGUACCUGUGCAGCGACGAGUGUGACGCCUCCAACCCAGACCUGGCCCACCCGCCAAAACUCAUGUUUGACAGCGAGGAUGAAGGGCUGGCCACGUACUGGCAGAGCGUGACGUGGCGCCGGUACCCAGAGCCGCUGCUGGCCAACAUCACGUUGUCCUGGAAUAAGAGCAUCGAGCUGACGGAUGACAUCGUGAUAACCUUCGAGUAUGGCCGCCCCACCAUCAUGAUGCUGGAGAAGUCACUGGACAACGGGAGGACUUGGCACCCGUACCAGUAUUACGCAGAUGACUGCAUGGAGGCCUUCAGCAUGCCAGCACGGAGGGUCCGGGACCUCUCCACCACCAGUGCCAACAGGGUCCUCUGCACAGAGGAGUAUUCCCGCUGGGCGGGCUCCAAAAAAGAGAAGACCGUCCGGUUCGAGGUGAGGGACCGCUUUGCCAUCUUUGCUGGCCCUGACCUCAAGAACAUGGACAACUUGUACACCCGGCUGGAGAGCGCCAAAGGGCUCAAGGACUUCUUUACCGUGACUGAUCUGCGGAUGAGACUGCUGAGACCAGCACUGGGGGGCACCUACGUGCAGAGAGAGAACUUGUACAAGUACUUCUAUGCCGUCUCCAACAUUGAAGUCACCGGCAGGUGUAAAUGCAACCUCCAUGCUAACCUGUGCACCUUCAAAGAGGGCAGCCUUCAGUGCGAGUGUGAGCACAACACCACAGGGCAGGACUGCGGCAAGUGCAAGAAGAACUUUCGCUCCAGGUCUUGGCGAGCAGGGUCCUACCUGCCUCUCCCCAAUGGGUCCCCCAAUGCAUGUGCAGCUGCAGGCUCAGCCUUUGGCACGUAUGAGCGACCGCAGCGGGUUACCACCACAAAAACCACCACUGCAAAAACGACCACCACAACAGCGCCCACCACUACCACAACCUCAACAACAACCACCACCACCACAACUACCACCACCACCACCACCACCCCCCUACCUACCACCACCACCCAGCCAGCAAGCAUCCUCAGACCAGCCUCUGAGUCCACUGCCUCUGUGCCCGUGAAAGAGACACAGAAAAAAACAGCUGUUCAGCUCCCACCAAACACAGAAGCACGUGGACCGAAGCCACCAGACCCUCCCAAGAACAUGCGAGCAGCUCCGAAGAGCAAAGCAGGGCGCACAGCACACUCUGCAGGCAAGAGACACGGGAAGAAGCCAGCAUCCUCAAAGAGCUCAAAACUCUUCCGGCUCAAACCAGACUCUGGCCCAGUGGCUCCUAUUGAAACAUAUAAAGACUGCGAGUGCUACGGCCACUCCAACCGCUGCAGCUACAUCGACUUCCUGAACGUGGUGACCUGCGUGAGCUGCAAGCACAACACGAGGGGCCAGCACUGCCAGCACUGCCGCCUGGGCUUCUACCGCAACAGCUCCGCGGAGCUGGAUGACGAGAAUGUAUGCAUAGAAUGUAACUGCAACCAGAUCGGCUCCAUGCACGACCGCUGCAAUGAGACCGGCUACUGUGAAUGCAAAGAAGGUGCCACGGGGCCCAAGUGUGACGACUGCCUGCCCAACUACUACUGGAGACAGGGCUGCUUCCCCAAUGUCUGCGAUGAUGAGCUCCUGCUCUGCCAGAAUGGUGGCACGUGCUACCAGAACCAGCGCUGCAUCUGCCCCGUGGGCUUCAAGGGGGUCCUGUGCCAGCAAUCCAGAUGUGAAGCUGACAAAAAGGACUGCGAUGGUGCCUCCAGCGUGCGCGGCAGCCUCGGCGCCGUCCUCCUCUGGGUGCUCGCCCUCCAGCUGUGCGGAUGGGGGGACCUCUGAAGCUGCAGAGGAGGGAGCCCAGCCCAGGCACAUCACCCAAGGGAUCUGGGGAGACCAAGGUAAUGGGUGGCUCUCCCCACCGUCUCCUCCGCCUUCCUUCAUGCUAGGACUUGCACAAUGUCUUUCAGUCCUCUUCCCGAGCAGAGGGGUGCGCAGAACAUGAGGGGCUGACUCCUGUCCAUGAACCAUCCUGGCAGCAGCCGGGGUGGCCACAGCAUGGAGCCGGCUGCCGAGCAGCAGCACAGGGACUGCACCAGCCUGUGCCGGGCCGUGCUCCAGCAGCCCAGCGGGGACACAGACCCACCCUUCCCUCUGCACAGUGACUCUCCUUCCCUGCUCCGUACAGGGCGACCUGAGGCCAGGGCCAUCGAGGCCCUAGUGAAAUAGUGCCGUAAUCCAAGGGGUAUUUUUUUUAUUAUUACUUUCUUUACUUUGGUAUAGGCUGGGGUGUUCUUUUUAUUUUAACUCUUCUUAGUGUCCUGUUUUGAAGGAGCCUGUCAUGUCAACUCAACUCCAGAGACCCAUAACACAACAGGCAGGGGAAAGGGGAGGGAGGGAAAGGGGGGACUCUGGUCCAUCCUUGCUGCAUAGUCCCACAUCCCACCAUCGGCCUGGCCUGGCCACACACAUAUUGUUGCCUACAACUCUAGUUGCUGCAUUGAUUUUUGUAUUUUCAUUGCUGGGUUUUGUUUUCUUGCACUUACAGAGAAGGCAGGGCCAUUAGGCAUAUGGUACGUGAGGAGUGCAGUGUCUUAUCCACACAUGUCCGUAUAGUGUACGGUUCAAAUACUCUUUUGGGUAGAGACUUAUUUUUUGUUUGGAUUAAAUGUUAUACAAGAACCACAACUUAAAGGGACAUUUUGCCAUGAGCAUUUGAUUCUGGUGUAUCCUCCUCCAGUAAAGCAACUAUUAAUGGCUGCUUGAUCACUUUUCUUCUUGUGUGCACAGUUAAUUACAGGUAAAGACUUAUUUUUUGAUUCAUAA